CUUAUAUUUAGGAACGGAGGGAGUACAUGUGAGCUAAUCAAUUUUCAGGAUAAUACUAGAGAAUUUUCAAUGAUUUUACCUGCUAGUGCUACUACAUGUCGAACUCACAACAGCCUGACAUUUUAAAACAUAAAUUGAUGUCUACAAGAAAGUUGACUGCUUCUGAAGUUGUGAUCAGACAAGGACAGAAUGCUGGCUGCGACAACAAGAUGGAUAUAAUCUUUCUCAAGAGCCUCUCUUUGUCCAUGUGUGCAGGCGCAGGCCGGCCGGCGGACAGUUAAACUAACCUUGUGAGAUGUGAAGCUACGAUGGUUCCAAUAGACAGCAACGUACUGUACGAUGUCCGAGGUACUUGUUGGCUUCACAUGAAAUGGAUGGAUGACAGUGAUACAUCCACUCCACAUCCAAUAUAGUUUCACUGCACCAUCAGAGAUCAGCAUGCACUCCACUAUGGCUGCCACACCGGAGGAGUUGUUGGGCCUCACUGAGCCUGCACCACUGUCCCCAUCCAUCUUCCUCGACCUUCCUCCGCCCCCGACGACCCAUGGUGACUCACAGCAGCCGCAGAACGACCUGGCCCUGGAGUACAUUUCGCGCAUGCUCACGGAAGAGGACAUCGUCGACAAGUUCUUCUACCAGUACCCUGACCACCCAGAGCUCCUGCAGGCCGAGCAGCCCUUUGCCGAGAUCCUUGCCGACACCUCAUCCGACGCCCACGAGUCCUUUGCCGCCUCCACCUCCAUCUUGAUGCCGAGCCAAGGUAACGGCAUGGACUUAAUGGUUUCCGGGUGCCAGGUGCAGUAUCCAGCCUUCUUCUUGAACGGCACAGGCACAGGCACAGGCAUUAUGGAGCCCAGUGGUUUGGUGUUUCCCAUUCCCAGCGAGAGCAGCACCAGAACGGACAUGCUGUCGAGCAUGGCUUUCUUCAAAGGCAUGGAGGAAGCCAACAGGUUCUUGCCCGCAGACAAUGUGAUGGUGGCUGGCAGGGGGCGUAAGAAGAGGCCUGGCAUGGAUGGUGAGGCGGAGGCGGGCUUGGGCAGGAGCAGCAAGCAAAUAACGGCGCUGCCGCGUUGUGUCCAGGAGGAGGAGGAGGAGGAGGAGGAGGAAGCCACCGCGCUGGAGAUGCUGGACCGGCUCGUCCUCAACGGCUACGACGCGCACCCGGGCGAGAUGCAGGAGGUGGUACGCGUCACCUUGGAGGACAAGGAGAACAAGGCAGCAAUUGGCAGGCGCGGGAGGCGCGGGGCGAGGCACACGGUGGUGACUGACCUAGAGACCCUGCUGAUCCGCUGCGCCGAAGCAGUGUCCAGCAACGACGUGCAUGGCGCGAGCAAGCUGCUGGAGCGGAUCAAGUGGCACUCCUCGCCGACGGGGGACGCCAAGCAGCGGCUGGCGCACUACUUCGCCCAGGGGCUGGAGGCACGGCUGGCUGGCACUGGGAGCCGGCUGUACCGAGCGCUCAUGGGGAAGCACACCUUAACCAUUGAGCUCAUCAAAGCCUUCCAUCUGCACAUGGCUGCGUGCUGCUCGAUGAAGGUUGGUUUGCUCUUUGCCAUCAACACCAUCUGCAAGGCCGUUGCAGGGAGGAGGAAACUGCACAUUGUGCACUACGGCAUCACCACCGGAUUCCAGUGGCCGGACUUGCUCCGGUUGCUGGCCAACAGGGAGGGUGGGCCACCGCAAGUGAGGAUCACCGGCAUUAACACCCCUCGCCCUGGGCUCCGUCCGGCUCAAAUAAUGGAGGAGGCGGGGGACCGGCUCAACAACUGUGCUAGGCAGUUCGGCGUGCCAUUCGAGUUCCGCGCCAUCGCAUCCAAGCUGGAGGAUGUCCGGGCUGAGGACCUGCACAUCGACCCAGACGAGGUCCUGGUCGUGAACAGCCUGUACGAGUUCAGGACCUUGAUGGACGAGAGCCUGACCUUUGACAUGGUGAGCCCGAGGGACAUGGUGCUCAACAAUGUCAGCAAGAUGAGGCCAGCUGUGUUCGUUCAGUCCCUCGUCAAUGGACCAUACAGCGCGGCUUUCUUCAUGACGCGGUUCCGCCAUGCCUUGUACUACUUCACGGCCUUGUUCGAUGUGAUGGAGAACACCGUUCCACGGGACAACGACCAGAGACUUCUGGUGGAGCGGGACAUCUUUGCACGCUCCGCCAUUAACAUGAUCGCCUGUGAAGGCACAGACCGGGUGGAGCGCCCUCAGAACUACAAGGAGUGGCAGGCGCGGAACGAGCGAGCGGGGCUAAGGCAGCUGCCAUUGGACCCUGAUGUUGUUCUGAUGCUCAAGGACCAAGUGAAGAGUCGGUACCACAAGCAUUUCAUGAUCAGCGAGGAUCACUGCUGGCUUCUGCAAGGAUGGAAAGGCCGGGUGCUCUAUGCACACUCCACAUGGGCUUCUCAAGUGAUAGAUUGAAGUGCCAAUACAUGCAACUUUCAUCAGUGUUUGGUGGUCUGUUGCAGUACCAGAUGCGUGUUUGCUCCUCUUUUGUACUAGAUGACUCGUUGCGCCAAUGGCGCAAAGGGCGAGAGGGAGCCAAGUAUUGUGAGAAUAUUUAGACACCCAAGUCGAAAACCAAAUGUGGCCAACACUCUCGCAUCCUCUGCUUGGAAGCCGCCUUUUCUCACCGGAUCUAACAUAGAUACAUGAUUCUUCAAGAGCAAAUUUCAGAGAAAAUAUAAAGCAUGGAAGGCUUUAAGUUGUACUAUUGAGACCAUACCACCAUAUCUUUAUUUAGUUUCUUUAGAAAUCUAAAGGUCUAAGAGGAUGGUACAUGUGAGAAGCUGUGAAUCCACAACAAAUUACUAAACUAACUUUCAAACAAACAUUUCAAGUUUGGAAGCCACAAAGAAGCAGCCCAGAUCUCUCGUUGUAGUAGGCUUACUUGCACAUUAGGAAUGCUAGUAGCUUAUUCUUUAUGUAUUCUGGAAGAAAACAAAAAAUCAGACAUUAGAAACGUCCAAGUAGCACCAAAAGAAUAAAACAGGGGAGGUUAGAAAAUACUCAAGCAUCAGGAUGGAUGAGUAAUUAUCAAACAGAGACAAAAGGGAAAAAGAAAAGCAAGAAGCUCCUUCUCCCAUUCUUUUUUGUUCCCUUUCACUUAUAUACAUCACAGCAACACACAUGCA